AUGCGCCGAAAUGACCCACCACCAAAUCCCAGAACACUAUACCAUUCUGACGAAUCACCCAACUACUCUUUAUCAAAUGUUGGUCAUGAAGAGCCUCCACCACCAUCCAACCGGCUCCAACCGCACAUAGCCACCAUUCCUUCACCGUCUGGAGGCGGCGGAUCGUCGGGAAGACAUCCGAGGUAUCGAGGAAUCCGAUGUAGAAGCGGAAAAUGGGUGUCUGAAAUACGCGAACCUCGUAAAACUACUCGUAUAUGGCUCGGUACAUACCCAAAACCAGAAAUGGCGGCGGCGGCCUAUGAUGUGGCGGCUUUGGCACUGAAAGGCACCGAUGCUACCUUGAAUUUUCCGAAUUUGGUUCUUUCCUAUCCCAUUCCGGCGUCUUCGUCAGCUAGUGAUAUACGCGCCGCCGCUGCAAGCGCCGCCGCCGAUAGAGCGCCAGCAACGCCGCCACGGCCCGAAGCUGGUGAAAGCUCAGAACCAAGCGCGGCUGACAAUGAAAACAUAUCAGGCCAGGAAUUUAUUGACGAGGAGGCACUGUUUGACAUGCCAAAUAUACUGGUGGACAUGGCGGAGGGUUUGCUUGUGAGUCCGCCGAGAAUGAAGUCGUCGCCGCCGUGUGAUGACUCGCCGAAGAAUUCUGAAGGAGAAAGUCUGUGGAGUAGCUGGAGCUAUCCUUUUGACAAAUGAGAAAGAAAGGCCUCUCCAUUCUCCAAUAUCCAACAUAAGAUAAGAGGAUAUGUGAUAGUACAAGAGCAUGGUUUGCGCAGUCUCC